CUGAGGUGGUACUAAAAAAAAGUACCAGGUACUAUCCACGUUGGAAAACCCCCCAAAAGCGAACAGAGUCGUACAGUGCAGAGGAAAAGCCCCAUUAGGCUACUCGAAGCUUCCCGAUAUCUGCACAGCUUUUUUUUUAAAAAAAUACACCGUCUUGCAUUUUAUCGUGCCGUUCAAGCUAUGAUAAGGACUGACUGCGUUGCUGAAGAACUCCGGAAUAAUAUUUAGUUGGCCCACGAGUGCACACGUUUGUUGGUUGUGUAGUGUGUGUGUGUUUGUUUGGUUGAACAGCACUUCAAAAUCCCUGUAAAAACAGUUAGUUGGACCAUGUUGAAAUCCAAAACGUUUGUGAAGAAGACCCGUGCUGGUGGAGUAUUGAAAAUAGUGCGUGAACAUUACCUCCGAGAUGACAUUUGGUGUGGAAGUGAAGUUUGUAUGGAGUGCAAAGAUGAAGCGCCAGUGCUCCAAGAGGACGCCUGUAUAGAGAGUAGCUUGUGUUCAUAUCCUCACUACUUAAUCCCAGACACCAACGUGGUUUUACAUCAGAUCGACAUACUUGAGGACCCUCUGAUCAGGAAUGUGAUCAUCCUUCAGACCGUUUUACAAGAGGUCAGACACAGGAGUGCACCGGUUCACAAAAGAAUCAAGGAUGCCAUUCAUGAAAAAGACAAGCACUUCUACACCUUCACCAAUGAACAUCACAGGGAGACUUUUGUUGAACGAGUGCAAGGGGAGAGUGCCAACGAUCGCAAUGAUCGUGCCAUUCGUGUUGCUGUGAAAUGGUAUACAGAUCACCUUGCUAAAGUGACCAAUGGUGACACAAUGAAAGUGGUUCUGCUGACCAAUGACUGGGCCAACAAAGAAAAGGCAGAGCAGCAUGGUCUAUUGGUGUACAGAUGUGAGGAGUAUGUAAAGAGCUUGAUUGGCAACCCUGAGCUUGUGGACAGACUUGCAUUGACAUCUGAUGAUCAGAAUGAAAUCACUGGUGGUAAGUUGAUGUUUCCAGAGCACCUUCCCUUAUCCAGGAUCCAGACUGGAAUAAAGAAUGGACUAUUUCUUCAGGGCACAUUUCAUGCCAACAGAGAUAAUUAUCUGGAGGGCACAGUCUUCAUGCAUAGAGAGGGGGAAGAGGUCACUGAGGUUUUACUUCAAGGCUUUCAGAACUUAAACCGGGCUGUGCAUCAGGACAUAGUGGCUGUUGAACUCUUUCCAACAGAACGCUGGGUCGCUCCCUCAUCUGUUGUGCUGCAAGACGAAGGUCCACAUGAUGAAGAUGUUGAGGAAGAUGAGAUCAAGGAAAAUGUGGAGAGUGUGUCACAGUCUAGUGUUUUGAAGCCCACUGGACGAGUGGUGGGCAUUAUAAAAAGGAACUGGAGGCCUUUCUGUGGUAUGCUCUCUCAGUCACAGAUCAAAGAGGCAACAAGGCAUCUUUUCACCCCAGCAGACCGGCGAAUCCCACGGAUCCGUAUCGAGACCAGGCAGGCUGCCACUCUGGUUGGACAAAGGAUCAUGGUUGCUAUUGAUGGCUGGCCCAAAAAUUCCAGAUACCCAAAUGGUCACUUUGUGAAAAAUUUGGGUACUGCUGGGGAUAAAGAGACCGAAACAGAGGUACUUCUCCUAGAACAUGAUGUUCCUCACCAGCCCUUCUCCCAGGCUGUCCUCUGCUUCCUACCCAAGAUGCCCUGGACCAUUACUGAGGAGGACCUCAAGGUCCGAGCAGAUCUGAGACACCUCUGUGUGUGUAGUGUGGAUCCUCCUGGCUGUACAGACAUUGAUGAUGCUCUUCACUGUUGGCAACUAGAGAAUGGAAACUUGGAGGUUGGUGUUCACAUAGCAGAUGUCAGCCAUUUUAUUCGGCCAGGAAAUGCAUUAGACCAGGAGGCAGCCAACAGAGGCACCACGGUCUACCUUUGCGGAAAGAGAAUUGACAUGGUCCCUGAACUUCUGAGUUCCAACCUUUGCUCUCUGCGGUCCAAUGUUGAGAGGUUAGCAUUCUCCUGUAUUUGGGAGAUGAACCACAAUGCUGAAAUAAUUAACACACGCUUCACAAAGAGCAUCAUCAACUCCAAGGCCUCCCUUACAUAUGCAGAAGCUCAGAUGAGGAUUGAUGACACUACCAUGAAUGAUGACAUCACAAAGAGUCUGCGGGGCCUUAACAAACUGGCCAAGAUUUUAAAGUUCCGGAGGACCGAAAAAGGAGCGCUGACCCUCUCCUCUCCUGAAGUGCGUUUUCAUAUAGACAGUGAAACUCAUGACCCCAUAGAUCUGCAGACCAAAGAACUGAUGGAGACUAAUUCUAUGGUGGAGGAGUUCAUGUUGUUGGCGAAUAUCUCUGUAGCACAGAAGAUCUAUGAGGAGUUCUCAGAGUGUGCCCUACUGAGGAAACACCCUUCACCACCACCAUCAAACUAUGAUAUCCUCAUUAAGGCUGCGCAGUCAAGGGACCUCGUCAUCCACACAGAUUCAGCCAAAGCUCUGGCUGACUCCCUGAACAAUGCAACAGUUGAGAGCUUUCCAUACUUCAACACUCUGAUCAGGAUCCUGGCCACCCGCUGCAUGAUGCAGGCCGUGUAUUUCUGCUCUGGCAUGGACAGCGAUUUCCACCAUUAUGGCCUGGCCUCACCCAUUUAUACACACUUCACAUCACCCAUCAGAAGAUACUCUGAUAUCAUAGUUCACCGACUGUUAGCAGUGGCUAUUAAUGCAGACAGUACAUACCCAGAUUUGAUGGACAAGCACAAGCAGUCGGCCAUGUGCAACAACCUCAACUACAGACACAAAAUGGCCCAGUAUGCGCAGAGAGCCUCAGUGGCUUUCCACACUCAGCUUUUUUUCAAGAAUAAGGGAAUCGUAAAUGAAGAAGGCUACAUUCUGUUUGUAAGAAAAAAUGCCAUCAUCAUCCUCAUCCCCAAAUUUGGAUUGGAGGGUGCUGUGUUUUUUGAGAACAAAGACAAACCCAGUCCUCAUCUCUGCUUUGACUCAGAGGGGCCCACACUCACAGUGGAGGAACACACCUUUCACAUGUUUGAUAAAGUCAAAAUUACUGUCAGCCUUGACUCUUCCAACAUCCAGCACCAGAGGAUCAGAAUGGCACUCAUUGAACCAGUGAUCUCUGGGGUUAGUGUUCCUGUGCCUGAGUCGGAACCAGAGGCCAAAAAACCCAAACUGGACCGCUGAAAUCUAAGCACCAAGGACUGUCUUACAACUAUAAAUUUAUUAUGAAUUAUAAAAGCAAAAAUAAUUCAAAUGAAAGGGUUUUUAGUAGCUUUUUUUUUUUUUCAUUGUUCACCCAAUUCUUGUUUUAAUUUUUUUCACUUUCUAUAUAUUUUUAACAGGCUAAUGCAUUGUUUUACCUACAAUCUGUGAAAAUGGUGGAAUUACAAAUAUGUUCUCGUUUCUUUUUGAGCCAUAAGUUUCAGUCGUCCCUCUAAUCCACAAUCUGUGGUUCAUUUUGUUCAGUGAAAACGGAGCACUGUUAAUAAAUGCAGGGUUGCCAGUCUAUUUGAAUUUCCAUGAUGUAAAACCGAGUUUCCCUGUUCAAACAUUUACCUUUCCAUUCUGAAAUCAUAUAGUCACAGAUUUUCAAAUAUGCAUAACCAUUACAUUGUUUUUUGUAAAAAAAAAAAAUAAUUUUAUUGAUUGAACCCAUUAUAUCAGAAUCUCUGUAAUUUUUAAUACAUAUGGGAAUGGUAGCCUAAACUUUUUUGAUUUUUCCGCUCUUAGAUCAGCACUAAGCAUCAUUUAAAUGUUUUUUUUUUUCCUUCUUCAAUUGUAUGUUUUUUCAAACAUUGAAGCUCUUUGUGUAGUACCCUAAGACAAAAUCAAGCAAAACUAUCAGCUUUUCAGAAACAAAUUUUUGUCUUGGACUUAAAUCUGUAGUACAUGCAUAAUUUUUCUGCUUCCAGAAACUUGAUCUGGAACGAGAUAUUUUGUACAAACACAAAUCUUUCUUUUACAAGAACCGGUUUGAUAGCAAUAUAAAUUUGGCUUGUCAAUAAGACAGUGCUGCUGGGUUACCAUUUUGUAACAAUGGUAUUUCUUAACAGAAAUGCAAUAAAGAUAUGAAAAUAAACUGUAAUGAUUACAAUGAAACUACAGUGCAUUCAGAAGGUAUUCAUACCCCUUUGUUUUUUUCACAAUUUGUUUUUCUUCACAAUGUACACUCCAUACCCCAUAAUGACAAAGCAAAAAUCAGAAGAAAAAACUGAAAUAUCACAUUGACAUAAAUAUUCAGACCUUUAACUCAGUGCUUCAUUGAAGCACCUUUGGAAGGGAUUACAGCCUCAAGUGAUUUUGGGAAUGAUGCGACAAGCUUUGCACAUCCGGAUUUGGGGAUUUGUUUUUUUGCCAUUGAUCUCUGCAGAUCAUCUCGAGCUCUGUCAGGUUGGAUGGGGACUGUCAAAGACAGCCAUUUUCAGGUCUCCAGAGAUGUUCGAUUGAGUUCAAGUCCGGCCUCUGAUUGGGCCACUCAAGGACAUUCUCAGAGUUGUCCCUAAGCCACUCUUGCAUUGUCUUGGUUG